AUGGACCUCAAAUCCGACCUGUGUCAUCAGUGGUCACCGCCGCCGCUGCCUGUGUACCGUAAAGAGGUGACGUUUGAGAGCCAACCUGUGCAUCCAACGCGCAAAUGAGCAAUUACCUGCGCAUUGUUAUUAAGCAUACCGAAGCAUAUGAGUGGAAAAUUCAUAAAUUGCUCCAAAUGGAUUAGGAUGGGCCUUUUUUUAACCCCAAACAAAGCUUUUUAGGAAAAGAAGGUCACCUCUGAUUUGCAGAAUUUUUUUAUAAAAUAGAUUUUUCUGGGAAUUAGAUUAUUUUUUUCAGAACAUGUUGGUAGUUUAAACUCGCUACAAGACGGUUCUGGGAUAUUCGAAAAAGUUUCAAAAAAGAGUACAUUGAAAAUCAAAUAAUCGAAUUUGAAAGUCAAGUCUCCAAGAUUUGAAAAAUUCAUUUUUAUAACGGUCGAGGAUUUUUUUCCUAAGAAGUAACUACCAAUAAGGCGCAAAAUAAAAAAAUUACAGAUUUUUUUAUCAUCGUUUUGACUUCAACUUCUGACAAUUUUUUUGAAAAAUUUUUCAAUAUUGUCUAUGACACAUUUUUGGCUUCUAGAAGUACAGCGAACCUUUAUUCAGAAAUUUUAAGCUCUAGUCAAAAAAUUUCUGAAAUUUGUGCAACUUUCCGUUCUGGUGAGGUGAAUCUUGAAAGCUCAACUCAAGAUCUAAGCGGCACCAUAUGAUCCUCACACAGCAAAAGGCGAAGCUUUCAAUAUUUUCUACAAUCAUUUUCUACGACUAUGACAAACCUUUAUCUCAAUUUUUGAAAUAUUCAAUCGAGCUGAUACGAUUAUUCAUCUUCAGAAGGAAUGACUAUCCUGAACAAAAAAAAUUCUCGGGUCUCGACCGUAGAACCCAAGGGAAAAAAAAAAUGGAAUCGGUACAUUUCUUUUUGAAAAAAUCAUGUUCAUUCCAAGAAAAAAUGUCACGAAUGUCAUUUCAGUGACUAAGGAAACACCGAAACCCGGCAAUGGCUCAAAAAAAUCCGUCAAAAGGUGUGUAAUCGUUGACAAUCGAAGAAAAAGUCGGCGAGCGGCGUCCUUUUCAACCGGCGACAAUGGUGGCGUGAAGGUAGGCAGAGAGACUGCAGGUGCGUGACACCGAAAUUAGCGGUUGCAGUUCCGGAGGCGACAAAUUUUCAAAUUUUUGUCCUUGUAGGAAAGAAAGCCGAUUUCGCGCACGGUCUUCCGUCCGCUGCUCUUCAAUUUUCGACACCGGCGUGACUCUUUUUCUAAUUGAAGGGUUGGCCGUUCUCCGGAUUUCGCCAAACCAAAAAGAUCUUCUUCAAUUGUUCCGCAUUUUAAGGGAAAGCUCGUUUUGCACAACAUUAGGAGCAUAAUUGUGGUUGUCCUAGGAGAGCUAAAUGGUUCUUUUUUCUUCCAUUUGGAGAGUUUUGCUAUAAAAGGCCUUUUUCCUUGUUUCUUGAGGAAUGGUAAAAAUCAUCUACAGCUUGGCAUAAUGACUAGAAAACUACGACUAGAUUAACAAAUCUGAGGUAACAGUACCGUCAAAAAAGAUACGGAAAACUCUGCUUUUCUGGUAGGAGUUUAAUCUUCCUGAUAGUUUCCGAAUCUGCUUUUUUUCUGUGAACUGAAACUUUAUCAUCAUGAUAAAAAUAACGAAAAUCUUCAAAAAGUUCAGAAAGAUGAAAUCCUCACAUUUAAUUCGUGACCGGAACCCCGUUUUUUCGUAGCUUUUCAGACGGUACUGUAGAUUGCAUUCUUCUCAAAAAUAAAAAAAAAGCUGGAAAGAUCGAGAAUUUUAGGAAACAAUUCUCGAAAAAGUUUUUUAAAAACUUGCCAAUUGUGAAAUUAAGGCCUCGUGGGGAAAUAUUAUUUCGCAAAAAACCUACUUUUGAUUGAUCUUUGAAGCAUUGAUUUUGAUCGAAAACUCAAUUUUUUGUUGUUUCAGAAUAUUGUCCAAAAAGCGAUUUGAGCGUUUUAGUUCCUUCUGAACCGAAUUUUUUCUGAAACCCUCUUUUUUUGAUUUUUUUUUCCUCAUUUUUUCAUUAAAUUAGGAUAUAAAAAUUUUUUUGUUCACAUUGGUUAUUCAAUAAGGUCAAAAUUUUUAAAACAUACAAUGGCUUUUGAAAUCAGAAAUAACGUUCCCAAAGGGACUCUGUAAUUUUUUUAUUUUUUUGAAUUCGACCUCCAUUCGUUUCUGCGCAUGAUUAAAUUCAUUAAAAAAAAUAGCAAAAAAAACCUUUUUUUAUAUAAAAUCUUCCACAAAAAAAUUUUUCGAUUUUUUUAAAUCAUUAUUAUCUUUAUGACGAUUUUUGCAAGAUGGAAAAAAAUUUGUCUGGAAGGAAAAAAAUUUGAAUGAAACAGCAAGUUCAAUCUAAGUACUCAUUCAAACUUCCCACCUCAACCUCCUUUUUUCGGGACCUUCUUGAAUGUCGUACGCUGAAGCUCCGCCCAGAAGGCAGUCGGAGGCGUGUCUGCGCCAAUCAACGAAUCGCUUUGGGCGCCGUUUAGUGCUGGCGAUUCUCCCUCUUGCCUCAAUAACUUCCAUUUGCACCCCUCCAAGACUACGGUAGACAUGUCGCUACUCGAUCCGAGGCAAUUUCUUCUACCUGCGCUUUAUUUGGAUCCUGCAACUCAAGCGCUUCUACUGAAAGCUUCCCAAGGUGGCCCGUCUGCCUUCAAAAUGGGCAUGAAUCCUUCAUUCCGUAUUUCUGAUCUGCUUGAGACGCCUCGGAGUGCCGCCAACACCAGCUCUGAUCUUGGUUUGUUUCGAUCCUCUGUCAAGUUCUACUAAGAACGAGAGCACUUUUCCAAUUCUUAUUUUUGAACAUUCUUGCGAAAUUUUUUUUCCAGAAUCGGUAGUUAUUUUUUUUUAACAAGUUAUAAGUGGUUCUGAUCUUAUAAAUAGGAUGAGUUUUGUUUUUCAGAGCCUUCUCCACGAACCACCUCCUCGGAUUCUCUUUGUUCACCGCGACUAGUGAGCCCAUGUACCGAGAGAUCUGGGAACGUUAGCCCGAGUGGUUUGGGCUCCAAGAAAGCUCGAAAAGCUCGGACGAUCUUCACCGACAAGCAGCUCCAAGAGCUGGAGACAACCUUCGAGAAGCAGAAGUACCUCUCCGUCCAAGAUCGGAUGGAACUUGCUCACAGGAUGGGACUAACGGACACUCAAGUCAAAACGUGGUACCAGAACAGGAGGUUAGAUUUUUUUCUUAUUCCAGAAAGUUCUUAUAAAUUUUCUGAAAAAGGCUAGUUUUGGAUCUCAAUCUGAAAUCUUCUGUUUCGAAAUAGGAAAUUUUGUGCUUUUUUCUCUCGCGACUCAGGUUUGAAAAAGACGAAUCUCAGCAUAUUUUUGAGAGUAGUCCAGGACAUAUAAGCAGCUUAUACUGUACAUCGUAAAGCUUCAGAAAACUAAAAAAAAAACUCAAACUGGAAAAAUCUGAAAGUUCAAAAACAUUAACCGCUCUCAGAUAAUCAAAGCAACAGGCAUCUUCACCCUUUUUUUCCCGGUUUCGUGCUCCUCCAGUGUGUGUCAACAAAAGAGGAUUUGUUCACAAUUGAGUCUAAACACGCCACUUUGGGCUAAUUGUAGUGCAUUAGGGUGCGCAUCGAAAUUUAUCUUAAUCAACGCCUCAAGCGUACCCCUUAGGUCCAAACCGAUUCAAAGCUUUCAACGAAUACAAGAUGCAAUUUUCACUCGUUGGAGUAACUCCAAAAACGGAAAUUCUCUUGCAGGACCAAGUGGAAGCGGCAAGCGUCGGUGGGAAUGGAUCUUCUGAAUGACGCUGGCAACAUGGCGGCUGUACAGCAACUGUUGCGGACUAAUCCUUACUGGGCUAAUUAUUUUGCUCAAAAUCCUUCAAUCGCUGGUUCCUUCGCCUCGAGGCCGUUCAUGAAUCCUCUCUGCAUGCCGAUGAGCCCUCCUAGAACCCUGGCUCCAAAUUCUUCUUUGUCAUUGCUUUCUUUCAUCGCCGAUAGCUCCAAAGAUCCUCAGUCAGAAAUCAAAACGGAUAACCCACCAGAGUCCCCUCAAAAAGAUACCAAAUAA